CGUAAAGCAGAGUACGUUGGUUUUCAGAAUCCCUGAUUUUGCGCAAAAGCGACUCAGGACAUCCAAUCAAACGUGCCGAUCCUGCACAGGCUUCACAACAAACUGAGGGAUACAUGCAGUGUUUGUUUUUUUAACCUAUUUUCAUUUAAAUGUGAGCAGCGUGACGGAGAAGGGUCUCUGUGCACACUGUGUGGAUGUGUGUAGCCACAGUGGUGCAGCAAUCCUGCUGUUAGAUCAUAAAGUCUAAACAUGGUGAGGCUGGAGCUGGACAAGGUGGUGAUGCGGAGGAUGAAGGAGGACGACAUAGAGAUGGUCAAAGCCCUCAUCAAGGAGGGCUGCGAGGGCACAGAAAACCGUCUCAUCCUCCACGUCCUCACUCGUCCGCUCUGCCUCUUCAUCCUGGCUGUUAUCUCCUCAGUCCUGCGCUGCCUUGUCCAUUCCUUUAUCCUGGCUCUUGCUAUUCCUGUCUUCCUGCUAAUUAUCUUUCUCAAGAUCACCAUGCCGCGCUCCACAGGGGUUCUGGGCAGCAGCCUCCCCUACUGGGACUAUGUGGGUAGCAGCUACAGAGGGACACAGGACGAAACACUGCCAAAUCCCUUCUCUAGGAUCAGUGGCAAGACACCAGGGACUAACAAGCCAAGGCGCAAAAUCACACCCAAAGACAAGGACAAAGAGUUGCCGACAGAGAAUGUCUCCCUAGAGAGGGAGCAGGAAGCAGGGCUGGUCUGGGUGGCAGACUGCGAUGGUGAGAUCCUGGGCUGUAUUUUCAGAGAGAGCGAGAAGCGUGCGGACAUCAGGAGGAUCUGUAGGGUGGUGACAGGGUCCUGGUAUCGCAGAGAGGGCCUGGGCCGGCUGCUUGUCCACAGUCUGGAGCAGAGAGAGAUGGAGGCUGGAGCCCUCCGGGUGUACACACACAUCCCCUUCCCCUCCAAGCUGGGUGAGGCCUUCUUCAGGAAGCUGGGCUACCGACAAAUUGGGGAGGGGACUGAUGAUGAAGAAGAUUUUGAGAAGAAUAAGCUUGAGACUCCAGAGAGGGGCUUUCUGGGACACCCCCUCACUAAAGUGUUUUACAAAGACUUGUAGUUUAAUGGUGAUGGCCUCACGGAGGGACGAAAAUGGCCCUAACGUAAGGGCACUAUGGAUCUCUGCGGACGGUGUCAGUGUUUUGUCUAAGUGCUUUUGUGUGAUUUCAUAAUUUAUUAUACGUGUUAUUUAUCCCAAUAUGUAUUUCCGGAUUUGCUAGUGUUAUGUAUAUUUUUUACCUUUUCGUCAUAUAAAGAACCAUCCCUCUUAAACCCACUCCAAAAAACAUAAUUGAGCCAGAGUCAUGCUGUUUUCUCAUUAUUUUUAAUAAAAUGAAAAACAUAUUGAUGUAA